AUGCGUGUGCAUCUCUUAUGCUUGUUUCUGGUGUUUGUAGCCGGUUUUUUCCGAACGGAUUCGUUACCACGGGAAUUUUCAAGAUCGGCCAUCUAUUUAUACGGGGAUAAUGGGAAUCGAAUCAAUGAUGAGCCUAUAUGUGCCGAUCCGACCCACGGGGAUCACAUAGAUCAAAUCCCAUCCCCGACGGAGGCACCCGUUCCACUGUUCACUUUGGCUCGUCUCAUUAAUGACAGUACCUCUCCGGUGCAACUGAUCAUGCCGAAUGCGAUUGUGCUGCACGCCCAAGAUCUGUAUAAUUUCACCGCAAUGCCACCACCGAAUACGGUCUAUCUUUUCUUGAACGUCGACGAAUUCGGAUCGCCUGAAAAACUGCCAAUCAAACAAACACAUGUCCUAUUCGUCUCACCGGACCAUUUCAAUCAGCUCUGGACGGUAAGUGGAUAUGAAUUGGUCAAGGCUGUCUCAGGAUGGCAUACUCACCAUUGUAUUGUAAACGGAACUUUGCUAAUUACCGUCACGAGUUAG